UGGAAUAGUCGUAAUCAUUUGUAAUGUUAAUAAUUACGAAAUAACGUGAAACAUGAAUUUAAAUUAUGAUUAUGAAUUAUAUCAAUUAAGUGACAAAUUCCAAAGAUUAUAUUUAAUUUGAACGAAUUUUAUUCCAAUUUCCAAUAGAUGGGAGUAGUAUACGGCAGUUCCCAUGUUGGCGACUAAAAUAUCACACGUGUUUGUAAGCGGCUUGCGCAAAAAUUUAUUUCACCGAUUUCAAUCAUCAUUUUCAGCUAGUUGUGUACAGACCAGGAAUUGCUUAAGCAUGGCAUACUCCGUUAUCGAAAGAGGAUCUCCUUUUACCUGUGAUUACAGGGUAUAUAUUAAAGAUCAAAAUGGACCUAUUUCACCACUUCAUGACAUUCCUCUUGUUGCCGAUGAGAAUAAAAAAAUUUAUAACAUGGUAGUCGAAGUUCCCAGAUGGACUAAUGCAAAAAUGGAAAUUACCAUGAAGGAGAUAUUAAAUCCCAUUAAACAAGAUGUUAAAAAGGGAAAACCGAGGUUUGUUUCUAAUUGUUUUCCUCACCAUGGCUAUAUUUGGAAUUACGGAGCUCUCCCACAAACUUGGGAGAAUCCCGAACAUUUAGAUGAUGGAACUGGAUGCAAAGGUGAUAAUGAUCCUAUUGAUGUUAUCGAAAUUGGGUACAGAGUAGCAAAGCGUGGAGAAAUUUUACAAGUUAAAAUUUUAGGAACAAUUGCUUUAAUAGAUGAAGGUGAAACUGAUUGGAAAUUGAUUGCUGUUGAUGUAAAGGAUCCACUCGCAGACCAACUAAAUGAUGUAGCAGAUAUAGAAAAACAUUUCCCAGGACUUCUAAAAGCAUCUGUAGAGUGGUUCAAGAUAUACAAGAUUCCAGAUGGGAAACCUGAAAACCAAUUUGCUUUCAAUGGAGAAGCUAAACCAGCGGCAUUUGCACAUAAGAUAGUUGAAGAGGUACACAGGUUUUGGAAGGCACUUGUGAGUAAAGAAGUUGAUGCCAAGGGAAUAUCAUGUGUAAAUACAACUCUAGAUGGAAAUUCAUUUAAGAUUUCUGUUGAGGAAGCUUUAGAAGUAAUAAAUAAAACACCAGAAUUUGGACCUCCUAACCCAGUGGAGCCUAUUGUUGAUAAAAUAUUCUUUGUCAACACUAACGUUUGCUGCAAAUGCAGGCUCUAAGUAUAUUAUGUAGACAAAUGGCACUAUGUACAUCUGAAGUAAAUGAUAGCAAUGGGACUCAGGUUUUAACAGAACGUGCAUUUAUAUUUGAAUACUAUUUAUUGUUUUGCACUCAUGAUGUGUUUAUUUAAAUGAUAAUAAAAGUGGUAGCAAAAGA